UCUAGAAAAUAGAAUCUGAAUCAUGUCCACCCCAGCGAGGAAGAGGCUGAUGAGGGAUUUCAAGAGGCUCCAGCAGGAUCCUCCUGCGGGCAUUAGCGGUGCCCCUCAAGAAAACCAUGUCUUGCUCUGGAACGCUGUCAUUUUUGGGCCUGAUGAUACUCCUUGGGAUGGAGGAACGUUUAAGUUGACUCUGCAAUUCACAGAGGAUUAUCCCAACAAACCUCCAACAGUCCGCUUUGUCUCACGAAUGUUUCAUCCAAAUAUAUAUGCAGAUGGAAGCAUUUGCUUAGAUAUCUUACAAAAUCAAUGGAGUCCAAUAUAUGAUGUGGCUGCCAUACUUACCUCUAUUCAGUCCCUGCUUUGUGAUCCAAACCCAAACUCACCUGCAAACUCUGAAGCAGCUCGCAUGUUGAGCGAGAAUAAGCGGGAGUACAACCGAAGAGUGCGUGAAAUAGUGGAGCAGAGCUGGACUGCUGACUGAAAACCCUACAAAAGCACCAGCAACCUGUGCUGUAUUGGAAGACAAAAGAGUGGUCUGGCAGUGUGCAUUUUUGUUGUAUUUUCUUUGAGCGAUUCCAUUUCUGCCUUUUAGCAAAAGCUACUUGAAUUUCUUGUUAGCCUCUAUGUUUUCUUAUGAUUGUUUUUUGAUCACCUUGUGUACAAGACAUUAUCAUGUGUAUAGGAAGUCUUGUUUGUUGUUUGUGGUA